GUAGAGGAGAUUGGGGGAACAGAGAGGGUAAUGGGAAUGAUUAAAAUGGAGUUACAAAUAACGACAAAGGGAAUGAAUCCUGCUCAUUCCCUUUCCCUUUCCUGAAGACCCCCAACCAAACGGCACCUAAAGGUCUGUGUAAUUGAGUUUCACAAAUCCUAACCAAAAAAAUAUCCUCACUUGGGUUUACUAAGUGAAGCCCAAAUGCUGUCAAAAAAAGUGAAGCCCAAAAACAUGGACCCGAAAAAAGUAGCAAUACGGGUGGCAAUACCCAGAUUUAAAUAGCCUCAGAAAGAAAAUCAAAGGGGUUAGACAAAUUCUAGGGUUUAAGGAAUCGUUGAUCAAGAUCUCGAGGAGAGAGAAAAAUGGCGAUGCCGAAAGGAAAGGGAAGAAAAGCUCGAGUUGAAGAAGAAGCUUGCAAUACCUUGAAGUGCGUGCAAGAUUGGACUAAUUGGAGUUUGAAGAAGGCUAAAGUUAUCACUCACUAUGGUUUAAUUCCUCUGAUCAUCUACAUCGGGAUGAACUCUGAGCCUAAGCCUACUCUUUCUCAGCUUCUCUCUCCUUUUUAAGCAUGUAUUCUCUCUCUCCUUUUAAAGCAUGUAUUAUGUUUUUUUGGGUUAAUCAAGCUGUUAUAAUACUAUCAUAAAUUGUUAUGAAACUUCAGAAAUUUAUGACAAAAUUUUAGGUUUUUUUGGAUA